AUGGCGCGCCUAUAUGACGACGGUCAACAAGACGCCGCUGUCGAUUCCACAGAGAUCCUGAGCCCCCAGCCUCAAAGCAAAAGCUUCCUCGUCUCCUCCCUCGAGCCCACCGACCAGUUAUACCAGGGAGACAAUACUCAAAUGUCCACUCAGGACUAUGAAUAUAAUUCGUCCUCCUCCUCGGCACGCCACUCAACAAGCGACGUAUUCGGCCGUGAAAUGGACGAGGAACUAGACCAGUUGAAAUCUAGAGCGUCUAGCCGAUCCUCAUUAUCCUCAGUCCCAGCCUCCGUCCUCAUCCACCCUGUCGAAAGAAUGAAACAAAUGCCGGACAUGGACGUCCACGAGAAGAUCGCCGGAUACAGAGUCGAAGAAUCCGAAGCCAACUUCGGCGACUUCAGCCAAGCUCCCACAGCAAUGCGCACGAUUCGACAGCGUGAAGCCGUCUUCCGCAAGCCGAGCUCUGUUCGCGCACUACAAAUGCACACGGAGGAUGAAGCAGACGAAGACGAUUACCUGACUCCCCCGCGGCGACGCGCUGGUAUUCGCUCCCCGGGCUCGUCGCCGAUGAAACGCUCGCCCUACUACUCGCCGAAGACGCAGAAACAGCCCACGCCCAAGAAAGAAGCACCGCUUGUGCUGCUGCACUGCACACUCCUCCCACCGUCGAUCCCGGUCCCCGGGGCCGCGGAACCUAGAAACCAGGACAUUCUCGAAGAUGAGCUACCGCCGGAAUACUGGAAGCGGUGGCGGCGGUUGCAGGAUCGGGUUGGGUCGGGCGUGCUUCGUGAUCGGGGUGUGUUGAUCUCUCAUCCGGAGGAUCUGUAUGAUAUGCUUGAGGAGCGACUUCUCGAGAGUCUGGAGCUUCAGCGACCACGUCUCCAGAAUGGGCAUUUCGUUGGACGGGAAGAUACCGAUGUUUCCGGCGACGAUUUCUCCGAUAUUGACGAGAGCGAGACGGACGGAGAGCAAGGGGACGAGUGUCCUGAUUGUGGAGGCCAUGUGCGACACGGCGACAGCAAUCGGAAAUGGGAAAUUCGGGUAUUCGCUGCGAACGGGCUGAUGCGCGCUGGGGCGUGGGCGGCUGCGUGGCAGGAUAUGGAGAAGGUCGAUGUCGAGGUUGGACUUUGGCUUCCGUCUGAUGUGCGCCGGGGAUUGGAAAGGAGACUUGCAGAGGAGCAGAUGGCUCUUGUGGAACGAGACCAGACAAUAUCACCGCGUAUGCAAUCACCCCAGAUGCGAAUGUUGCCUAUAACAUCGCUCGUCGAUAGUGAGAAUCAGGUUCUGCCGGAGAUCCUGCAGUCGCCUAGACAGAGCCAUGCUCGUAUGGUCAGUGAUGUUGGCUCGUUCCGGUCCAGCGUGAUGCCGUCGCGUCAGAGUAUAUCCGGCCCUCCUCCUGAGCGGGAUCACCACUUCGAGCGUGCACCGCAGAAGGCUGAGACUGAGGUCGCCCUUUCGACCCUUUGCGCGAACUAUAUUCGGGUUUUGGCUGCCGAUAGGCGCAACCUGGCACUGGUUAUUCUGAGCAUGCUUGUUGCGUUCCUUGCUGUCGGGUAUGGUCACCACCAGCCGCUUGAUUCCGAAGUCCAAAUUUUGCAGGCUAGCUCGUUUGGCACGAGUUUGCCAUCGGUUGUGCCCAGCGUGAGCGUGGCUGUGGCUUCUGCGUCCCUCUCAGAGCCGAUGAUCGAGACCGCUGUUUCGGAGGUAAAUGUGGACCCACGGCCCACGGGACAGGAAGGGGCGGAGAGUUCUGACCCGGUCCAUGAGAUUGGUGAUGUUGAGGUCCCCACUGCUGAGUCUGCGCAAGCAACAGAGACUUUUGUGCAGCCCGAGACCUUGGAAACCCUGCAUCCUGAGCCUGCCAGCGUUGACGAAGAGUCUUCAGAGUCGAUUCCCGUUGACCACCCCGCAGAAUCUCGUGACCAAAAUGAGCUCUCCCCGGUUGGUGACCUUGAAACGCCCGACUUGGCCGGUGAGGCUGAGCAAAUCGAGGAGACUGAAGAGGCAGAUGAUGUUUUUCCUUCCGAGCCUGUCGAUGUGUCUGGGUCUCAGAGCGUGGAACCAGAUGAGCUGUCAUCUUCCCAGUCUUUGACUGAGUCUUCUGAUCUGUCUGCAGAGCCCACGGAUGUCCCUUCGAUUCUUGAAAGUGGCGAGACCGACGCUGAGGUUGAAUAUCCCGAAGUCACGGCAGCGGAAGAUCUCCAAGAAGAGGACGAGGAGACGGAGUGA